AUGAGUGAUUUUUUUGAAAAAGGGUUAUCCGUAUUUUGCUGCGCUAAAAGCACAGCAAAACCGUGGGCGGAAGGUGAGGCGGAUGGCGAUGAAAAAUACAUGAACCUGCAAGGUCCAGGUGGGAGGAAUUUAACAGGAUCUGUUAACGACAAACGUAUCUGCGUUCCUCAAAAAAUUGACCCAAAGACUUUCUUUGCUAAUGAGAGGACGUUUCUCAAGUGGCUAUCUAUUUCAGUUAUGAUUGGCUUGAUGUCGUUGACACUAUUGAACUUCGGUGAUACUUCGAGUACUGCUGCUGAUCUGGCCGGCCUGGUCUUAUUACCUGUAUCUAUUAUAUUUAUGGUAUACUCCCUAUUUGUUUUUAGGGAUCGUGCUCACAAAAUAUAUAUGCGAGAGCCCAUGCGGUACGACGAUACCCGUGGUCCCACGAUGCUUGUGCUUGUUCUUGGAGCUGCGAUGGUUAUUGCAACUGUCUUUUCAAUUCAGCGACAAUACCACAAAAGUAUUACGCCAACACUUCAUGGAGGAGCAAGUUUUGCUUAG